AUCCGCGUUGAACCCAAUGGUUGCAAAUUUUCUAAUGGGCAACAACCAUCCCCAAUAGAGAGUGAGCUCUUCACGACAAGUCAACAAUGGACCCGGCAACGAACGAGACAUGGGCUGAAGUCCAGAUGACGCCCAAUCCUUUGACAACUAUGAGCACUGCCGUCGCGCUGGUCGCAUGCUCGAUCGUAGCUCUUGUUUUGGGCAUCCGGCUAGCCCGGUCACCGCAAGCAGCGAGCAAGCCGCUAGAAAUCACACAACUUUACAUAUAUCCUAUCAAAGGACUUGGGGGAUGCGCGGUGCAACGAGCACAUUUGGGCAAAUACGGCCUAAUUGGAGAUAGGACGUUUUCGCUGCAAAAGGUCAUUCGGGAUAAGACCGACCCGUCCAAGAAGACAUAUGAAACCAUGUUUAUCGGCUACUACCUUUAUAUGGCAUUGUUCCGGGCUUCGAUGGAGCACAACGGGAGGCAAGAAAAUGCGACCGAAGGAGAAGUGGUAGUACAAUGGCACGGCCGAGGAACGGAGCACGGCAAAACAAUCAACGAAGCAAACGUCACCACUACUGACGAAAUUCGAUUCAGACUAUCGCCAAGUACAGAGAGGCUAGAGGUGAUUGAAACAAGUCUUCACGUGAGCCAGGCUAAGGCUUACGACAUGGGCGACAAACUUGCGGCGUGGUUCUCGGAGCGCCUCGGGGUUGAGGCAAGACUUGCCUACAUUGGCAACGGCUCACGGCCUGUCCUAGGAUCUCUAGCACCAAACAGCAAAGGAGGACUGAAAAAGGCCAGGCUUGCUCGGCGUCUCAAGUCCUUCAUCCCCUUUACCAGGUUUCCCGAGGAGCGUCUUGUCUUCAACGACCUUGCGCACUACCUCGUCGUCACCGAAGAGUCCACAGCGGAGGUCUCUUCCCGCCUCGAGGGCGACUUGACGAUGGAUGUUCGAAAGUUCCGUCCGAAUGUUGUUGUCAAAGGUGCAAGCGGCCCUUUCGUAGAGGACUUCUGGGGCGAGUUGACUUUUGACGGCGGUGUCCAGAUGCCUCUGACGGCCAACUGUUAUCGCUGCCAAAGUAUCACUGUCGACUAUGAAACUGGCAAGACGGCGAGUGAUGACCGCGGACUGGUAUGGAAGAAGCUGAAUAAAGACCGCCGAGUUGAUAAGGGUGCCAAAUACAGCCCUGUAUUUGGACGUUACGGAUACUGCUUCGGGUCAGCUGUUGGCGAGACAUUGAGUGUUGGCCAGAGAGCGCGAGUCUCCCACGUCAAUCCGGACAGAACGACUUUCGAUUGGCCGCAUCUUACAACGUUCGGCGUUAGCCAGAAGAAACAAUAGAUCGGGAUGUUUAAGUUUGGAAGACUUACAAACAUGGCAGCCUCCGACGGAGUGAGAGGAUAAUCCUAGAAACCGACAUAGAACACAAAAGCGUUUUCCCGAUGAGAUGGAAGCACUUUGGUGUCCACAAGUGCCAUAGCAAGUCGAGGGGCUAAUGAGUGAGCAAUCAGCAUUACCUUGGGUUGAGCUCAAAGAGCUGUAUCACCCAGCUACCUAUCGGCGACUUAAGUAGAAUCCAAUUGCUACAGGCGCGUUAAACCCGUCAAUAGCUAGAAUGUUAAUCAAAAGCAGCUUUCUG